CCACCAUGAACAACACCACCAAACCUCAAGUCCUCGAAACCAUAACCAAAAUCCUCACAACCCCAAACACGCCACUCGAAACCCUAACCCCACAUCUCCCAAACCUGACCCAACCCCUCUUCCUCUCUCUGCUCUCCUCCAAAACCCUAUCCUCAUUCCCUUCGACCCUCCUCUCCUUCUUCAAAUUCGUCCAAUCUCGCUCUCCUUCCCUCACUUCCUCUCCCCAUUCCCUCCUCUCUCUCCUCCCUUCCCUCUUCGCCCACAAGAAAUUCUCCGACGCCAAGUCCCUCCUCGUAUCCUUCAUCGCCUCCGACCGCCACCACGAGCUCCACCGCUUCCUCCUCCACCCGCCUCGCCUCGUUCCCGAACCCUCCAAAGCCCUUCUUGACACCUCCAUUGGCGCCUAUGUCCAAUCCAAGCAGCCCCACCUCGCCAUGCAGAUUUUCCACAAGAUGAAGCGCCUUCGUUUCACCCCGAAUUUGCUUACUUGCAACACACUCCUCAAUGCUCUGGUAAGACACCCGUCCACGUAUUCGAUUUCUUUGUGUAGAGAUGUUUUUAAGGAUGCUGUUAAGUUAGGUGUGAAUUUGAAUACUAAUAGCUUUAAUAUUAUGAUUUAUGGGUAUUGCUUGGAGAACAAGUUUAGUGAUGCAUUAGGGUUGGUUAAUAUAAUGAGUGAGUUUGGUUGUUUGCCUGAUAAUGUGAGUUAUAAUACAAUAUUGGAUGCGUUUUGUAAAAAAGGGAGGUUGAAUGAGGCUAGGGAUUUGUUGUUGGAUAUGAAGAAUAGAGGGUUGUUGCCGAAUAGGAACACAUAUAAUAUUUUGGUUCGUGGGUAUUGUAAGAUGGGGUGGUUGAAGGAGGCAGCCAGUGUGAUGGAGUUGAUGACGAGGGAUAAUUUGUUGCCUGAUAUUUGGACCUAUAAUAUGUUGAUUUGGGGGUUGUGUAAGGAGGGUAGGAUGGAGGAAGCUUUUAGGUUGAGAGAUGAGAUGGAGAAUUUGAAAUUGUUGCCAGAUGUGGUUACGUAUAAUACAUUGAUUGACGGGUGUUUUGAGUGGCAGGGAAGUUCGGAUGCAUCGAAGUUGAUUGAGGAAAUGAGUGAGAAAGGAGUGAAGAUGAAUGCAGUUACUCAUAAUAUAUUGGUUAAGUGGUUUUGUAAGGAGGGGAGGAUGGAAGAAGCAAGUAAUACUUUGAGGAAGAUGGAAGAAAUUGGGUUUUCUCCGGAUUGCGUUACUUACAAUACUUUGAUUAAUGGGUAUUGUAAAGCAGGGAACAUGGGGGAAGCGUUUAGAAUGAUGGAUGAGAUGGGUAGGAAAGGCUUGAAGAUGGAUACUGUUACCCUUAAUACCAUUCUACACACUCUUUGUGGGGAGAAGAAGCUUGCUGAAGCUUAUAAGUUGCUCAAUAGUGCCACUAGGCGAGGUUAUAUUAUUGAUGAGGUAAGCUAUGGAACUUUGAUGAUGGGAUACUUUAAGGAUGAAAAGCCGGACAAAGCCUUGGAGGUUUGGGAUAUGAUGAAGGAGAAAGGGGUCCUUCCCAGUAUUGUCACCUAUAACUCUAUAAUUGGAGGACUAUGCCAAUCUGGAAAAACUGAUCAAGCAAUAGACAAAUUGAAUGAGCUUUUAGAGAGUGGUUUUGUCCCAGAUGAAACUUCAUACAACACAAUUAUACAUGGUUACUGCCAGGAGGGGGAUGUUGAGAAAGCAUUUCAGUUCCACAACAAAAUGGUCGAGAAUUCAUUUAAGCCGGAUGUGUUUACGUGUAAUAUUCUUCUCUGUGGGCUUUGUAGAGAGGGUAUGCUAGAAAAGGCUCUUAAGCUUUUCAACACAUGGAUUUCAAAAGGGAAAACAAUUGAUACAGUCACUUACAACACAUUGAUUUCAAGCCUAUGCAAAGAGGGGAGAUUUGAGGAUGUAUUUGAUCUUCUUGAAGAAAUGGAAGAGAAGAAAUUAGGUCCUGACCAGUAUACAUAUAAUGCCAUUCUUGGUGCGCUUAUAGAUGCAGGCAGAAUUAAGGAAGCAGAGGAGUUUAUGUCAAAAAUGGUUGAAAUGGGAAAACUAUCUGAUCAGUCAUCACAACUAGGCAAGGAGCAAGAUGAUGGAACCCAUGAUAAUCCAGAAGGGUCUGAUUCAAGUUCUAUUGCUCAUUCAGAACAGAUCAAGGAGCUGUGUACUCAAGGGAAAUACAAGGAAGCAAUGUGCAUUUAUGAAGAACUCACUCAGAAAGGUGUCUCUGUAAAUAAAUCCACUGUAUUUAGUUUGAUGGAUGGCCUGAUCAAGAGGCGAAAGAGCAUAUCAAAGGUUGCCCGGUUGUAGCGAUUUUUUCAGCAUGGACAAGUACAUGGUCAUCAACAUGCUCUACAUGGCAUCACACAUAAGGAUUUAAGGAAAUGAUUUCCGUACUCUUGACUCAAGAUCUGAAGGCGAUGCAACGUAAGAGAAGGCGCUUCAGUGAUAUGAUGAUAUUUGAUGAUACCAAUAAAAUAUUUGGUAAAACAUUUUACAUUUGCUCCCUCCCUCACACCCCGACACUUAUCACUCCCUCCCUCCCAGUCACUUUCACGCUUAAGUCUCCCUCUCAGAUUUCUCUCCAAAAACCCAGCCACCUCCGGUCCCUCUCUCCCACCCAUCACCGGCUCCAAGGUUUGAGGCACCAUAAGCAAGCUCCACCCUCUGCCGGCGAAACCCAGGAAUUUAAUUCAAUUCUUGUAGCAGAUGGUGUAUCAAGUGAGAAGAUAUUAAAGGAAUUCUGACAAACCAGAUGUAGUUCAUAUUGUUGUAUUAUUUUUGAGCGACAGUUAGUGAUUUAUUUGUUCCAACUGCUGAUUAUUAUUUCAGCUUGGUGUAGAAAAUAAACAUAUUUUGGGAUUUUUCAGCAUCUUAUUGUAUGUGGGAUGGUGGGUGAUCGUAUACUUAUUCUUGUGUCACACGGCAAAGCAUUUGCCCAGCUUUCUGAAGACAAUCUAAUUCCAUAUUGCUACUUGCCCAACU